AUGGGGACAUCUGAGGUGAAUAGAAGGCAGCAGGCCAGGAGUGAACCCAAUAUACAGCAGCAGGCCAAUUCUGGGCCCAAUGAGCAUGAGGCCAAUUCUGGGCCCAAUGAGCAACAGCCCAACAGAGAUCCAACUGUGAGGUUCUAUGUCAGUGCAGUCCAAGAUGAUGAUAAUGAUGACCCCAUAUAUGAUUACCAUUCUGAGAAUUUACACACUCUUAACUCCACUGAUGAUGAGUCCAGCAAGCACACAUUUCUUGAAUUUGAUGAUGAUUAUACUUUUGGAGAGGGCAGGUUUGAGUUAGGGACAAGGUUUGCAACCACAGAUAGAUUUAAAGAAGUUGUGAAAGACUCUUUCAUUGCUGAGGGUAGAGAGCUUAGGUGGAUUAAGAAUGAUAGGGAGAGAGUUAGGGUGGGAUGCAUGGAUGAUGACUGCCCGUGGUUAGUUCAUUUGUCAUACAACAAAUCACUGCAAUGCUAUCAGGUGAAGACUUACAAAAACGAUCACACAUGUGCAAGGGACCUAGGAAGUAAUGCUGUUGAUCAACAUUGGAUUAGUAAGAAGGUGGAGAAGAGAAUGAGUUCACAGCCUCACAUGAGAACAAAUGAAGCUGUUGACUUUCUGAGAGAGGAGUUCUCACUCACUGCACAUCCAAAAAUAGCCUAUAGAGCAGUUAAGGAGGCAAAGGAUAAGAUAAUGGGCAAUGAGAGGGAGCAGUACAAUAAUGUGAAGGAUUACUUGUUUGAGAUUCUAAGAAGCAACCCUGGGUCCAGGGCAGAGCUGUGUGUAACUCCAAUUUCUCAAGCCCCUCCUGUGUUUGAUAAGCUGUAUAUAGGGUUAGAGGCAUGCAAGCAGGGGUUCAAGAGUGGAUGUAGGCCUCUAAUCCACCUUGAUGGUUGCUUCCUGAAAACAUACUAUGGUAGACAACUCCUAACUGCAGUGGCACAAGAUGCGAAUAAUCAAUUUUAUGUUGUUGCUUACGGAGUUGCAAGGUCUGAAACCAAGGAGUCUCGGAAAUGGUUUCUUACUCUACUUCAGGAGGAUCUGGGGGAUGUGCAGACUCAUGGUUGGAAUUUCAUGUCCGACCAACAGAAGGGAUUGCUGCCUGCUUUGAAAGAAGUAAUGCCAAAUGCACAUCACCGAAACUGUGUGAUGCACAUUUGGAAAAACUUCAUAAACCGAUUUAAGGAUUUAUAUAUUCGGGAGGUGGUUUGGGAUUGUGCUAGGUGCACCACCAUACCCGAAUUCAAAGAACAGAUGGAGAAGCUCAAAGGCAUUAAUCAGGGGGCAUGGGAAUAUAUUUCCAAGUUUGAGCCAGCUACUUGGGUGAAGGCGUAUUUCUCCCACGGGCCAAAAGUGGACAACCUCACAAAUAACAUGUGUGAGGUGUUCAACUCAAAGAUAGUCAACUAUAGAAGCAAGCCUAUCCUCACGAUGUGCGAGAAAAUUAGGUGCUAUCUGAUGCGGAGAAUGGUUAAGCAUAAAGAGCUACUUAGUGAUUAUACUGGAAAGCUUGCACCAGUUCAGCAGAAGAGGAUGGAACAUCCAAUAAGGCCUAGCAAUAAAUGGCGUGUAGACUGGACAUGUGAUGAUGCACGCAAGCGUUUCGAAGUUACUCGUAAAGCUACAAAGGUGGACGUUGAUCUCAUCAAGCAGACCUGCUCCUGCAACAAAUGGCAGCUGACUGGUUAG